CAAACGCCUCGCCAGAAGGAUGGGUAACGUAGAUAGUAUAGUUCCUAUAAGUCGAGAGGAGCUGGAGCGUGCUCGUCGUGUGUACCAGAAGCUUGAGGCCGUCCCACCGACCACUCUCUCCAAAGUGGAGCGGGCCGCGUACGGGCUACUUCUCAGGGACCAUCCGGUUCGUAGGAAAGAUGCGCGGGGAGAGAGGGGACACCGCAAUCGCGCCUCGUUCCUAUGACGCCUCACUGGUCGGUUCGUCUGUGUGUGCAGCAUCACAACAAGGCCCUCGAUCGGCUGAGUGGAAUAGAGUUCUUUGAUUACCUCACCCGACGAGUGCUUCGCCGGCAUGUCCAGUGCCCGGCGAUGGCUGACAGGCAUGUUCACGGUGAGGCAAGCGAGGGAAGAACCACCACAUGCACAACUGACGCCUGUCUGUGGGUGUUGAUUGCAGACAUCGGCUGCUGCUCGGGGUGAGGCUGGCACUUCUAGCACGUCAUCGUCACUCGAGUCGGCCGCUGCCAAUGGUAACCCAACAUGUUCGCUGCAGAAAGGCAGAAUGAUACACCUGUAGUUCUGUGUGUGUGUAAUGGUCACAGGUGGCGGUCAGAGAGAGGGCGUUUCGUUCGCUGCCCUCCCUGCUGAGGUGACGCCGGCCAUCGCUGAGUGCCUCAGCAGCUAUGCCGACCUGUGUGCCUUCCGCCGCAUCGACAAGAGCCGCCAUACCGCCCUCACCCCCACCGUCCUGCUGCCCAUUCUGCAGCGUCUGUUGGUCGUCCUGCCCUCCGCUGUCGGCCUCGGUGUGUUGGUGGAGGUGCCCAUCCCCCAGCUGCCGCUCCCUGCGGCACUCAGCCACGGCUGCUGCGUUACGGCACUCUUUGAACAGCUCAGCCGCCGGCUGUUCAUUCUCGAGAAGGGCGGCAAGUGGGCCAGAUGGAAACCUGUGCUGGAGAUGCUGUAUCUGCUGAGAGGCAAGAGGCCACUGGUGCUGGGGGAUGACAACUUCGGCGUCUUCGGCAGCCGGGCGGCCUUCAUGAGUGAGACGGAGGCGAUCCGCCAGUGGAAGAUGCUGAGCUGGGGGGUCACUGUCGAUCAUGGCGGCCGAGAGAUGAGGCUGAUGGUGCGCGAUAAGAUCCUCGAGCGCUCGUCUGCCUAUCAGCUCCCCACCCUCGUCACCUCUGCCAGCCCCCUCUUCCGUCAUGAUGCAUUCGAUGGCACCGACCCGCCCACACAGCUGAAUGGCUACCUGUACCCCACUUACACAUCGAUGAUGGCCUUCGAGCUGUUCCGCCGGCUGAUCAUGAGCGGCCCCAUCUAUAACAUCAGGCACUGGUCGUCUUACUGUCGUGAUACUGCUGCAUUCCGGCGUGUGGGCGAGCUGCUGGCGGCCCCUCCCAGCGACGCGGCACAGUGGGGGGCGGCCGUAUUCGACAAGAGGCCGGGAUGGCAUUAUAGGCUGGUGGUCUUCGGCAGUGAGGCGAUGGGCGAGGGGAAUCUGGCAGUCAUCGAGCUGGUGGGCUGGGAGAAUGGACGGUAUGUCAUCGUGUUCACGACCGAGUCGGCCCCCUUCGCCCAGACGCGCACUGUGGCGAUGAGAGUGCUGGGGAAUCAGCUGGAGGGCAAGGUGUGGCGAAGGGAGAACGAAUAGAGGUGGAUGGGUGACAGGAUGCGUAGUUAAGACUACGAUUGCUUGAGGGUGAGACAGACAGAUGAAUAGCCAAGCAACAAGUCUCCCUCUGUCUGUCUCUCCCUGCAUGCGAAGCGCAUGUCGUGUGUACUGUGUGGUGCGUUGCAUUGUGUUGACUCUCUCCCGUGAACGGUCUAUGGCAUGUGUGAGGCUAAUGUAUGGCGUGACUUCCCUUCUCAUCGCGUGUGCCUUUUCGUGUGUGCACUCAUUCAUGUGUGAGUGGACGCAUUGGGUUAAAAGCUGAUGUUUUUCCACCCUUAUGCGCCGAAGUGAUGUUCCGAUGGAUGAGCGUCAGGCUUGGCUUUGUGGCUGUGUGUUGUGAAUGAAUGAAUGGAGACCAAUUCAUACAGAUGUCUGAAUCCAGUGUCUGCA